AGGAUUUUUGCUUCGCUUUGAAAGAAUACUUCGAUAAGUGCAAUGGCAGAUUCGAAAACUGGAGUUAAGCGGGAAAUGAGCCCCGCAGAUGGUUAUAACGACCACACCUCGGCCAAGCGUUCUCGACCUGAAGCUGACAAUGCCGAUAAUGCCAAAAUUUUCGUCGGAGGACUGUCUCUUGACACGAAUGAAGAUUCAUUGAUGCACUACUUUUCGUCUUUUGGACACGUCAAGGAGUGCAUUGUCAUGAUGAACGUCAAGACGGGGUGUUCACGCGGAUUUGGUUUUGUGACGUUCAUGGAUCCCGCGACGGUGCAGUACGUUAUUUCGACUCAUCCGCAUCACCUUGAUGGUAAAAUGAUUGACCCGAAGCGAUGUUCUCCACGUUCUGAGCGUCCUGAAAAGCGAGACGAUUCUCCGAAAGUUUUCGUCGGGGGUUUGCCGCCUACGGUUACCCAGUCGGAACUGGAAAUUUUCUUCAGUCAAUACGGUACCGUUACCGAAGUCAUCAUCAUGUUCGACCAGGAGCGGCAGCGUCCGCGAGGAUUUGGCUUUAUAGGCUUCGAGGCUCCGGACGCGGUUGACAGACUUGUUGAAGAGCAUUAUGUGACCAUCAGUGGCAAGAAGGUUGAAAUAAAGCGAGCUGAACCGAGGAAUGUAAAAAGUCGUCCACAAAUAAGCACGAACUACAACCAGAAUUCGUACGGGAAUUACAAUCAAGGUCCAAGGCCAUACAUGGGUCAAGGCCCGAGAUGGAUGGGACCUGGGCAGAACAUGGGUGGUCCCAAUCAAGAUUGGAACGAGUAUGGUGGGCAAGGAAACUGGGGAAAUUAUGCUGGAGGGGAUGGAAGUUGGGGUCCUUCGAAUAUGGGUGGACCCCAGCAGUGGGGACCUCGUCCGGGUGGACCACCGCAACAAUAUGGACCUGGCGGACCCCAGCAAAAUUAUGGACCGGGGCAGAAUUACGGACCGCCACAAGGGGGGCCGCAGCAGAAUUAUGGACCACCGCAAGGUGGCCCUAUGCAAAAUUAUGGCGGGCCACCCGCGGGAGGACCUGCGCAAAGUUACGGUGGACCACCUGCAGGAGGGCCUCCGCAGAAUUAUGGUGGUCCUCCAGCUGGAGGGCCUCAAAAUUACGGUGGUCAGGGGGGUUGGCAGUCGGGUCCAAUGGAUCCUCAAGGAAACUAUGCAUCGACUGACACUUCAUAUGGACCUCCGCAACAUGCUCCCGCGCCGGUACCUCCGGCCGCCCCUGCUGCAGGCGCCAGUAACUUUUGGGCGCAAUGGAAUGACACGAGUAAUCAAGCUCCUGCUCCGGUUGCCAAACCGGGUGCGGAAACUGUACAAUACCCCAUGCCGGGUGCGCAGGGGGUAGGUGCUGGAUUGAAUCAGACCCCCGGUGGGCCAGCUGCCGUACGUGGGCCAUAUCCAUCUUAUCAGAACCAAGGGAUGAACGCGAACGCUCAAGGAUGGAAUCAGCAAGGUUAUGGGGGAUCGGCUCAUCAACCUGGUGGAUUUGGAGGAAACACUGCUGGUGGUGGGCGAUUUCCGCGCCCGCCGAACCCUCAAGGAGGUGCGAACAAGCGAGGGGGUUAUCAGCAGCCGUACAGGAGUUAAUGACUGAUGCUAUCGAAGAAAUUGAUGCGUGUUUUUCCUCAUUUUUCCGCCUCUGGGCAGUGUUUUUAUGCUGUACGUGUGACUUUUUUGUUGUUGCGGUUAUUCCACCACGAAGUCGUGAUUUUAAUGUUCAUGAGGAGCACCCUUUGUCUUCAAAUUACGUCAUUCGGGGAAAGGCUGGCUAGUAGAUCAUGGUUUUUUUUUUGACGUAGGAUUUCUCGUAACCCGUGGCAAGUCUGAUUAUAUUCGUUCCGCCAAUCUUCUUACCGUGGUUUCUCAUCACGCAAUGGGUAUUCGAGAAGUUUCUGUUGCUGUUUUUUUUUUCUUUGGCGGCGGAAAUGUAAGUGCAUCUUCCCAUUUCCUGCUCAUAAUUUCUCGUAUUGUUUGAACUUCGUUUUAACUGCAAGUGGUUUCAAAGAGCUGAGGGGCGGUUAAAUAUGAGCUUCAAAGUCCUUAAUGAAUUGAUCUGUAUUCGGGAUUAGAUUGGGUCGAAGUUAGGUCGUUCCUUUUUUCUAGCUGAAAAUCUCCUAUUUGCCUUCGAAACCCGAGUACUGUAAGGCAAUGUAGAAAUGUGGAGGACUUUGAUUUUCGAAAGCGGCACAGCUCGGAGCAAGAAUUCUUCUUUGUUGUGAUUGACCUUUUUUUUUGUUGCUGGAACGAACGAAUGAAUGUUUGUUUUACGACACGAAAGACGCGGUUGAUUAAAGGAAAUCCCAGGUGAGCAUCCCUGGAUCCCACUCGAAA